AUGGGGAGAUCCAACAAGGGGGGUUGGGCGAAGCAACUGGAUGAGUCUGUUAGAAUAGAGCAGCUAGAUAAUGAUGGCUACGAUGAUGACGAUGACGAUCAUGGCGCACGACCUGUUGGUUUACCUUUCGAUCCAAACCGGUCGGGUAACAGGGAGAUGAGGAUGCUGGGCCCUCUUGAUUAUGAGUCCCGCGCAUGCAGGAAAGGAACCUAUGAUUUUUAUGAUGAAGAGGAGGAGGAAUUCUCGAGUGAUGAUGACCAGGACGAAUAUGGCCUCGUUGAUAGGGAUCCGAAUAGCACGAUGUCCUACGCCAUUCAGCUGGCAAGGCGAGACAAACAAUUACAACUUGUUGACCGGGCUCUAGGGAAAAUACGUCGAGCUCAAAUGCAAGGGCAAAUUAAAGUCAAGCUCUCGCAGCGGGAACUUGAUGCAUUGGAGGAAAAAAGAAAACUUGAUGGCAACCUCAAUGGUUCUCAACGCACGGUGGUUAAGGACCAUCCAACAAACGAGGUCAAGCCAAAGAUCGCGGGCAAACAACCUCCGAAUGUGUCGCCCCCGAAAGCAUAUCCUGAACUGAGGCGGACCAUGCCGGGUGCAUAUAGUUCUGCCACAGAGUCUCCUGGGCAUUUCUCACCAACCCCAGGCCGACCAUCGAGCUCGUCGUCGCAGAAACCUCGUUCGCGAGCUCCUUCGACACCCUCAUCCAUGAUGCAACAGCAUCCAGGCACACCACCUCGCAGUCACCAACAACAGCAAAUGUACCAACGGUCUCUGCCAUUUACCGUCCCAAAAGAUCAAACAGUUCGACCCGGUUCUUCCUAUCAACCAGCUCCACCGCAACUAUCGAGUGGCCCGCACCGGUCGCCACGCUCUCGAUCGGUCUCGACUACCUUCUCCUACCCAAUGCACCACCACUCUCCCUACCAAACAUAUCCCCCAGCUUCCAUUGACCCGCGCUACAGCUACUCGACCCAUCCACAUCGAGAUAUGACGCCGCCACCAAUAGGCCCGUAUCAACCUGUCUAUCGCUCCGUAUCCGGCGACUCUUACAUGCUGGACCACUUACCAUACUCACCAUCUGAUCCCUUCGUUGUCCAGCAUGCUUCUCAUCAAUGUGAGUCACCACGGUCUAUGCAAAGGAGUAGCGAGAGUAGCAGCAGCGACAAUGGCGUGCAGGUCGAUAUGAUUGAGAGCCCCAUGGCGCCAAGUGGAUAUGAAUUGCGAAAAUCAAGUGGUGGGUAUGGCCUUUGUCGUACGCUCCUGCGAAAGCGUCGUGCUCGCUAG